GUGUAAUCACAUUUUCUGCUAUCUCCCAGUAGGGCACAAGAAAAAGGAUGAAACUGAGACUGGAAUGGAACAUGUUGGUGGAAAAGACUUAGUGGCCAAUGACAAAGAUUUAAGAAAAAAAUCUGAAAUCAAGGCUGUUUCAUGUGAACCAAAUCAGACUGAAAGUAAAUCAAAGGAAUCCACUGACAAAGAAGACUCAGAGGUGAAAGAUGUCAGAGGAGACAAAUGCAUGGAAGGGCAUGAGAAAAAGGAUGAAGCUGAGACUGUAACGAAGCAUGAUGGUGUAAAAGACUCGGAGGCCAAUGACAACGACGAAGGAGAAAAGACUGAUUCAUCUCAACCGAGUCAGGAAAGUAAGAGUUUUCAAAGUCCUCCAUCUACAGCACCUCCCACCAAGUCUGGUACCCUUGAUAUGGAUGGGAACAGAGACAAGCCUACUAGGAAUACUUUUGAGGACAACCAAAAGAAACACCAAAAAGAAACUGAAAAACUACUCGGAAGACUUCACCUCCAGGGCCAACAUCAACGCACGUUAACAUCAGAGUACUUUGUACAAAUAGGUCUACCUAUAAAAAAGACUGAGAUCUUUGAGAAAGAUCUAGUUUGUGCUUUUCUUCAGAGGUUAAUGAUGUUAGAUUAUAGAGCCAGAUACAUCCCUGUUCAGCAAAAAAGCUCUGAUAUGAACAAUUCACAUUCUGUUCAAGUGUCUGACAGUGCUCUUCCAGAUGACGAUGACUUAGAUGCUCUUUUUACUACUAACGUAGACAUAGAUCAGUCAAAAGAGAAUCAUGUUCACCCAAUGGAUGUUCAAAUGGCAGCAUUUCACUGCUCAGACAGCUUCCUUAAACAGAAAAUGAUCACAAAGUUGUCACAGUGUCAGUAUGCCUUACCACUGCUUGUUCCUGAUCCUCUCACAUCAAAUCUUGAGUGUCCUUUGUGGACAUUCAGACGAGUAAUAAAAACAUGGAAAAUAAGCACAGUCAAAGAAAAUGCAACCACUGUCACCAUGAAGAGCAUGCCAAUCUACAAAGGUCAGACUCCCAUGGUUUCAUUUUUUCGACUGGGCUCCAUGUCUUUGUCCAAAUCUCAGCUGAUGAAUGCCUUGAUCAACGACCGCCACGACACAUUCUUCCACAGAAACUGUAAAGGAAGCACCAAAUCUCGUCAUUUGAUGGAUGGGGUGGCAGAGAUUGCCUGGUACUAUCCUGCUGGAAAACCCAAUGAUUUCUUUACUGACUGCAUUGCCUUCUGUAAUCUUCAUGGGGAUUCUCUAGCAAACGUAAAACAGCGUGAAAUCCUGACUGAAAUGUCUUCAGUCAUUGUUGUUCUUGUUCCAACUCUGGACAAAAGCCAGGAAAGUACUGCAGUCAUUUAUAUGCUUUACAAGUCUUCAAAGCCUCUAAUCAUUCUCAUUGCUGACAAUGAGUGUAGUGCAGUUCAGAUGAAACCUCAAAAAUAUAAACUGGGUCUGAAAGAAAGAAGCCAGACGGAUGUUUCUGAAGAACUAAAAAAGAUUAUAAAAAGCCUUUUGUCUGGACCCCACACAUCCUUCAGACUGGAAACUAUGGCUGAUGUCUCGGUGGUCAAAGUGGAUGAAAAUCAGAAAAUCUGCCAGAACGGGAAAUCUGCUGCAAUGAAAAUAAUUGAAUUGAUUGAAGGGAUGAACGUUGCCAAAAUCAAAGAUAAAUUUCUCCCCUGUCAAGGUCAACUUUGGUCCAACUGGUGCAAAAUCAAUAAAGAGUUGCAUCAUCUUAAAGGACACAUUGAGAAAGAAAAGGCCCAGAAAACUCAUCAGCUAAUGAAACUACGAGAGAAACAGUGUAAAGCGUCCAACAGUAAACUGAUGAAGUUGUUCACUCACAGCCUCCAAAGUUUGCCACCAAAAGAAAGAGAAUAUUUCCUGACAUGGACUCAGAUCCUCAUAGUUGCCCUCUCCACUGAUGAUCUUUCUUCAAUUCUCCAAAACUAUGAUGAAACGUGGUCAGAGGUCUUGGUCUUGAAGAAGAAACAUGACAAAUCUUAUAAAUUAAAACACAAACAGACUGAGCUUGAACUCUUGUCAAAAAAGCUGCAAUCAGCAACCUUUGGUCUGGAACACAUCUUCAGAGAGAUGGGGCAGAUCUAUGAAGCCCAUAAAACUCUGAAUAAACUAUCACUGAGCCGACAUCCUGAUUGGACUAAAUACCCUGAGCUGGCUGCAGAUCUGAUGAUAUCAGGACACCCGAUGGAGCUGAUGGAUGGGGAUGCAGGCCACGUGCCUUUAAUAUGGAUCUCUAGUCUCUUAAAAGAAGUAAUCAAGAAACUUGGUGACCAGAGAGUCUUUGUGCUGUCAGUUCUGGGCGUGCAAAGUAGUGGAAAGUCAACGAUGCUGAACGCCAUGUUUGGCCUGCAGUUUGCAGUCAGUGCUGGGAGAUGCACCAAGGGUGCCUACAUGCAACUGGUUAAACUGUCAGAGGAAAUCAAGGACAACUACAAGUUUGACUACAUUCUAGUUGUGGACACUGAAGGACUGCGAGCUCUUGAGUUAGCAGGUAAUGCUACCCUUCAUCAUGACAAUGAACUUGCAACAUUUGUUGUUGGUCUGGGAAACAUGACACUGAUCAACAUCUUUGGUGAGAAUCCAGCUGAGAUGCAAGAUGUCCUACAGAUUGUUGUGCAGGCUUUGAUGAGGAUGAAGAAAGUUGAGCUUUCUCCAAGUUGUGUGUUUGUCCAUCAGAACGUCACAGAUAUUACAGCAGCAGAGAAAAACAUGGAUGGAAAGAGACGACUGCAAGAAAAACUGGACAAGAUGACUCAACUUGCUGCCAAAGAGGAAGUGUGUGAUGUUGAGUGCUUCAGUGAUGUCAUCGCAUUUGAUGUGCAAAAAGAUGUAAAAUAUUUUGCUCAGCUGUGGGAGGGAAGUCCACCAAUGGCUCCUCCAAAUCCAGGUUAUAGUGAGAGUGUCCAAGAACUGAAGUCCAUCAUCUUGUCUAAAGCCAAACAGUCUACUGGGAUCACUCUGUCACAUUUCAACAACAAAAUCCAAGACCUGUGGAACGCCUUGAUGAAUGAACACUUUGUUUUUAGUUUCAAAAACACCCAAGAAAUUGCAGUUUACAGAAAACUGGAGGUUCAAUAUGGGCACUGGACUUGGGCCCUGAGGAGUGAGAUGCUGAACAUUGAAAACCAACUUUAUCCUAGAAUUGAAAAAGGCCAACUGGACAAAGUUGAGCUCAGUUACCUUAAUAAAGAAAUGAGUGAAACAUAUGAAGAAGUAACAAAAAGUAUGUCAGAUUACUUUGAAGAUGACAAAGACAAAGAGUUGUUGGUUCAGUGGCGGGGCCAAUUUGAGAACAAAAUCAAAGAGUUUCAUGAAGAACUUGUGAGAGGAGUGAAAAGAAAACUGGAUGAAGUAAUCCAGCAAAAUAAUGCUAGAAAAAUGCUUGACAAGAAGAAGACAGAGUUUGAAAACUAUCUACUCCAGAAGAGCAAAGAGCUCGCUCACCAGUUAAAAUGCAUUGAUGAUGAAGAGGAACUAAAAGCACAGUUCAACGAUGUUUGGAGUCACUGGGUUAAGGAAUUAACCUCUGAUACAAAACCCAUUGAGAACAUAAACUUGGAGAAAGAUCAGAUUGCUGUGCUUCAAGAACUUGGUGUUGAAUGGGGACUCAUUGAUGAGUCAAAAAGAAGUAAGAGAUACAAAAAUCUGUCAGAACAUGGUGAUUAUUCUGAUUACACUACCAUAAAAAAGAGCAUUGGAGGUGUCAUUGAAUGUGUCAGAAUGACUUUUGAUUCACAUAAAGACCAGGAACUGAUCCGAUCAUUCAUUAACGAGGUUGAACAAGAAUGUCUUGAGGCCAUUAAGAGCAAACCUGUUGCAACAAGAGGUUACAGGUCAACCUACUUGCAGGAACUGGCCAAAAAUGUUAAACAAAAAGUGACAGAGUUUGAAUCAGGGAAGAAAUUUACAUUCAAGAAGGAGUUUACAGUUGAUCUUUCACUGUAUGUGUUUGAUAGGGCUGAAGUUUGGCUUUUAAACUCCCACAAGAUCUACAGAGACAACAAUGAUGCUCUCACUUAUUUGGACAACAAGAAAAAUGAGUAUUACAACAUUUUCAGAAGCUUCUGCAAAGGAAGUUCAUCUGCUGUGGUGUUUGGAGAAAUUAUGUGUGAAAAACUCAAAGUCUCUGCUGUUGAAGCCGUCUGUAACAAGACUGGAGUUGAUAUUGCUGGACAGAUGAUGUGCAGUUUCCCAGCAUUCAGUGAGACCAGACUGAACUUAGAGAAACAUGUGUUGGCAUCUCUGGCAGAGAAAGAAGACUUUAACAUAUUCAUCACCUACAUUCAAAAUCCAAGGGCUCAAGUCGAGGCUUUCAUCAAAGAACAAGUAAAGAAAUACAUGUUCAUGACACAGAAAGUUAAAGCCCAAACUAUCCUGAAGAAAAAUGUAGAAGAAAUCAGCAGAGUCAUCAGUCAGGCUUUGUUUGAGGCAACAGAGAAAUUCCAACACAUUAAGGGAAACAUAGAAAUGUGGGUGGAGGAAUUUUCGAGAAAACUAAAACCAAAGUUGAUACUUGAUACUGUUAGUUGUCAAAACUUCAGUGACAUUAACAAUUUUGACUUUCUUAAAGAAGAGAUAGAGAAAGGCCUGAAAAGAAUCACAACAGAGAUGAGCGAACUCCCCCUGGAAAAGGUGAAUGACUGCAGGAUGAAACCUGAUCAGAUCCUGAUUGAUCAGCUGUGUAACUGCUGCUGGGAAAGGUGUCCAUUCUGUGCUGCUGUUUGCACCAACACUUUGAAGGACCACAGACCUGAGAAGCACAGCGUUCCUUUUCAUCGACCCAAUGGGGUUAAUGGUUUCAGAGUUAGAGGAACAGAUGAUCUGGUCAUUGAUUUCUGCACCACAUUAGUUGCAAGUGAUGGAAACUUUCAGCCAAAUGAGUCAGAUUGUAUAGUUCCUUUUAAACAGUACCCAACUGCAGGAGAACCAUAUGCUUCAUGGAGCAUUACAGCUGAUAACUCUAAGCUGGCCUUCUGGAAAUGGUUUGUCUGUCGCUUUCAAAAGGAACUGGAAGAGUACUAUGAUAAGAAAUUCCAGGGUAGAGGAGAAAUUCCUCAUCAAUGGAAAACCCUCAGUAAGAAGGAUGCUAUUGAAAGUCUAAAAGAAAAUGUAGUUUGUGAGGAAACUGCAGCCAUCCAUAAAAAUUAAACAAAGUUGUCGGAGCAAUAAUUUUGAUUUUCAAGGCUCUACAAAAUUAACUUCAUUACCUUUGAUUUGUACAUCUUGAAUGUGUUAUAUUUUAAGGAUAACUGAUAUAGCUUCAAACAGCUGUAUGUUUUACUUUAUAUUAUUUUUCAGUCAUUUUGUUUUUUCUGUUAUUCUGAUUAUUUUUUUAGUCACCAAAAUGUGCUAUGUAGGAACUAAUCAUUGAAAUAUCAAAUAUGAUUCUUGAUUUGGGUUAAGAAAGGCAAACAAAUGGCAAGUAUGUAAACAUCUUGCCUUUUGUAUCCAGAAUGAAUUGAUUUAUAAUGGUAUAUUUUUUCAUGUUUUAAAUUUAAUACAUGUAUUUUAAAAUUAAAAUCUUAGUCCAUAUUUUUGAAGAGCAAUUACAAUCUUAAUAAUCCAGUAUAUAAAUAUUAUAACAUACCUCAUGUUUGAAUUUCAUGAACAAAAUGUUUUUUGUAAAUGAGCAACAAUUUAGAUUUUUUUCCAAUUUAUUUCAUUUAUGUUCAUGUUUUUUCAUUUAUGGUGAGUUAAAGUAAUUUGUUAAGCAACUCAAUAAUUUUGUCUUUCUUUUUAUUUAUUUAUUUUUUUAUUUCUUUAGUCAUGCUGUGAUAUGUUCCCUAUAGAUUUGUCUCUAAAUAAACUUAAGUUUUAUAACAGAAAAUUAUAAUCUAAAAAAUUUAACCACUCUUGAAAUAAUUGCAAUAAAUAUACUUCUUUGACAUAUCACAUCAUUAAUAAUACAUAUUAUAAGAUUUAACAGGACAAAGAACGCAAUGAUGCAAAACCCUGUUUCACCAGUAAAAGUUGUGUUUGAUUGUAACUUGUAUUACAUUCAAUGAAAUCAGACAACUGCU